AUGUACGAGGACAGCUUUGGAGAAGGCCUGGCUAGCAAGGCCGUGGAUGGAAACCGUGAAGGGAUUUGGGAGCGAGGCUCCUGCAGCCACACUCAGCUCGACACAGAUCCCUGGUGGACCGUGGACUUGGGCAGCCGGCAUUCCGUCUCCGUGGUGAUCGUGAAGAACAGGGAAGAGUGCUGUUGGGAGAGGCUGAAGGGGGCCCAGAUCCACGUGGGAGACUCCCUGGCCAACAACGGCAAGGACAACCCCAUCUGCGGGACCAUUAACGACACCAGACCCGGAUCCCUCAGCACCAUCUGCUGCGACGGGCUGGAGGGCCGCUACGUCACCAUUGUCAUCCCGGGCAGGGAGGAGUAUCUGUCCCUGUGUGAGGUCGAGGUUCUAUCUCAGGGCUGUGCCGCACCACCAGGGGCUCAGAACCUGGCGCUGGGACGUCCGGCCACUCAGUCGUCCACAUUCGUGGAUAAGCUUGGAAGAGCCGUGGCUGGAAGAGCCGUGGAUGGGAAACGCAAUGGGAAGUGGGAAGAAGGCUCCUGCAGCCACACCCAUUUCGAAGUGGAGCCCUGGUGGACCGUGGACUUGGGCAGCCGGCAGUCCAUCUCCGUGGUGAUCGUGAAGCACAGGGAAGACGAGUGCUGCGGGGGGAAUCUGAAAGGGGCCCAGAUCCGCGUGGGAGACAUCCUGGCCAACCACGGCAAGGACAACCCCCUCUGUGGGACCAUCACCUACACCAAACCCGGAUCCCUCAGCAUCAUCUGCUGCAACGGGCUGGAGGGCCGCUACGUCACCAUCGUCAUCCCGGGCAGAGUGGAUUAUCUGACCUUGUGUGAGGUCGAGGUUCUAUCUCAGGGCUGUGACCCAAUACCAGAAG